CAUGGCACGGAGCGGCGCUACCCUUGUGUACACAGCCAUCUGCAAACAAGCUCGUCAAUUAUUAAUAAGGCUCAGCUCAGCCCCAGAGAAACCAAAUCCGAGCAGGGCAGGAGGCACGGACAGUCGCUCCCAGGGGAAUGCAGGGAGCAGAGAGUCUCUGCAGGGUGGGAGCAGUAAGGCUGUAGAGAUCCUCGGGAACAUCUGACCCCCCUGACACGGGGUCCUUUGCCCUGGUUUGGGCAGCUCAUCAGCCUAGUCUGGAGCAACACUGACAGAGAAGACAGCGCACCCAUCCAUGGAGCCAGGGACCAGCGCCACAGCCGAGCCUGCCUGCGCCUCUGCAGAAGGGCUGAGAAGCCGCGAGCCCCUCGGAGGGAUCAACAUCAGCGUGGAAGGAGCCCUCGGGACGGCCCAGGGGGCCCAUGGAGAACCCGGUGGAGGAGGAGUCGGGGCUGUGGGGAGGGGGCAGCAGCAGAGCACCACUUCCCCAGGCCUUGGGGGUGCCGCCAGCCAACCUGCACCUGCCAUGCAGGAGAGGCAAGGACCCAAGUGCUUGUCAGGCACCGCCAAUGCUGGCUUUGUGGAGGACCCGCCGCCCUACUCUCCUCCAGACCCAAAGAUGCUUCACUUGCUGUACCCGCCGUUCCAGGCCCCUGGCUCAGGACAAGUGCCCGUCACGUACCAGCCAGGACCCGUGCACCCCACUGCCUGCUCCCAGUCGAAUCUACCUCCUGUCUUCUUCCCUUACACGAUUUACAACGGGCCACCUGGCACUGGGCUUCCAGCACCUGUCAACAGAAGACGUCCGCCCAAGGACUACAUGGUGGAGUCUGUCCUGGUGAUGAUCUUCUGCUGCUUACUGACGGGGAUGAUUGCUCUUGUGUACUCCCAGGAGACACGAGCGGCCCUGGGCAGAGGAGACCUCAUCCAAGCCAAGCUGGCAUCCAGGAAAGCUCGGACCUUGAUCCUCUUCAGCCUGCUCUUCGGCGUGUUUGUGUCUGUCAGCUGGGUCAUCUAUGUGGUGGUGGCUCUUUAUGUAUGACAAUGCCUGGGAGACAACAGGAUGCAGCACGUUCUCUGCAGAGCUCAGCACUGACACCGCUACUGUCCACGUGAGCAGCAAAGGGACACAUACCUAGUUGGGGGCUAAGAGGAGUGCAGUGGUAUAGAGAUCAGAGGGUCUCCCCGAUCCUCUGCCCCAGUGGCCAGCAGGGAUUGCACAGCAUGGGCAUGUGCUUCGGCCUGUGUUUGGCACUGCAUUUUCUUCCUCCAGUGCACUGACCGUACAGGCCCUGCGGUAGCCGCAGCCAACCCAACCCAACCACUUGCAUCCAGAGAGCAAUAGUCACAAGGAAGCAGCAAAGCCAACACAGGAACAAACUGCCCUGCCUCAUCCUGCCCCAGGGGACGGGAAGAUAAAGUGACCCAAGCUCCCCCAGGCUGAUUGCCACAUUGCUUCACUAGCCUGGUCCCAAUCCCAAAACGAGACCUCACUCCUAUGCCAGGUAUCAGGCUGGAACAUCUGCAGGACCCAUCAGUCUCCGUGGCCUCAUUGAGACCCUGGGAGCUCUAUUCCCAGAGCAGCUGCUUAAGAGGAAAGCAGUGAAAGCCCACAGCAGGAUGAAGCCAGGGAGGCUGCAGUACUGGAGCCCUCCCCCUGACAAGGGCAUCCCACGUUAAGUUCACCCUUAUUUCACACCAUCAGAAAAACUGAGCCUGGAGGACUCUUGCUUUGCUCGUGCUGAGCAAUGAUCUCCCUAGAAACACCAGAGCAAUAGGAGUCGGCAGAGGGAAAAGCCCCGUGGGAUCAGCUGAAUUACACUUCCCCUUGCCACACAAUUUGUUUCGGACACCGAAAGGAUUAUCCCAUUUCAUUGGACUGACACAAGAGAUGCUAUGAGCCUACCGGAAUAUAAGCUUCUAACACCCAGAAUCCAGGU